AUGAGAAAAAAGUGGAAGAUGGGAGGCAUGAAAUACAUCUUUUCCUGGUUGCUGUUCUUUCUUUUCCUAGAAGGAAGCAAAGCAGAGCAAGUACAACAUUCAGAGACAUAUUGUAUGUUUCAAGACAAGAAAUACAGAGUGGGUGAGAGAUGGCAUCCUUACCUGGAACCUUAUGGGUUGGUUUACUGUGUGAACUGCAUCUGCUCAGAGAACGGGAAUGUGCUUUGCAGCCGAAUCAGAUGUCCAAGCCUUCAUUGCCUCUCUCCUGUGCAUAUUCCGCAUCUGUGCUGUCCUCGCUGCACAGAAGACUCCUUACCUCCAGCAAACAAUAAAGUGACCAGCAAGUCAUGUGAGUACAAUGGGACCACUUACCAACAUGGUGAGCUGUUCAUGGCCGAAGGGCUCUUUCAGAACCGGCAACCCAAUCAGUGUACCCAGUGCAGCUGUUCGGAGGGAAAUGUAUACUGUGGUCUCAAGACUUGUCCAAAAUUAACCUGUGCACUCCCAGUCUCUGUUCCGGAUUCCUGCUGCAGGGUGUGCAGAGCCUUAGAUUUUAGAGAUGCUUUCACUCACAAAAAGAAUAGCACUGAUUUUAAGAGCCAGAGCCUGAAAGAAAUUGGGCUGGAGCGUGCCAGGGGGGAGGGGAGGGAGGAGUCCUGUAAGGUUAAAAGACACUCUUACCACCGCUCUCACUAUGAUCCUCCACCAAGCAGACAGGCAGGAAGUCUUCCCCGCUUUCCUGGGGCCAGAAGUCACAGGGGAGCUCUUAUGGAUUCCCAGCAAGCAUCAGGGACCAUCGUGCAAAUUGUCAUCAAUAGCAAACACAAGCAUGGACAAGUGUGUGUUUCCAAUGGAAAGACCUAUUCUCAUGGUGAAUCCUGGCACCCAAACCUCCGGGCAUUUGGUGUUGUCGAGUGUGUGCUGUGCACUUGUAAUGUCACCAAGCAGGAGUGUAAGAAAAUCCACUGCCCCAAUCGAUACCCCUGCAAGUAUCCUCAAAAAAUAGAUGGAAAAUGCUGCAAGGUGUGUCCAGGUAAAAAGUCAAAAGAAGAACUUCCAGGCCAAAGCUUUGACAGCAAAGGCUACUUUUGUGGAGAGGAAACGAUGCCCGUGUAUGAGUCUGUGUUCAUGGAGGAUGGAGAGACCACCAGAAAAAUAGCACUGGAGACCGAGAGACCACCUCAGGUUGAGGUCCAUGUUUGGACCAUUCGAAAAGGCAUCCUCCAGCACUUCCAUAUUGAGAAGAUCUCCAAGAGGAUGUUUGAGGAGCUCCAUCACUUCAAGCUGGUGACCAGGACAACUUUGAGCCAGUGGAAGAUAUUCACAGAAGGUGAAGCUCAGAUCAGCCAGAUGUGUUCAAGUCGUGUGUGCAGAACAGAGCUUGAAGAUUUGGUCAAAGUUUUGUACCUGGAGAGGUCUGAAAAGGGCCACUGUUAG